UCAUUGAUCAGAUGGUCCGACUCAGUCACAGCAGCGGUGUCUGAUCUCUUUACUGCAGUGUUUCACAGGACAGUGUGGUUUAAUGCGGAGUGACUAUGGACGGAUCUAUCAGAAGUCGGAUUAAAAGUCUCCUGCGCUCUCCGUCCAUCAGACUGAGAAAGAGUCGCUCGCGCGUGAGCUUGUCAAAUCAGGUGACUCUGGAGAGAGUUGUGGGCAUCACAGCUUCAGGCAACAGCAGUUUAACCUGUGACCCGUGUUCAGGAACUGUGGCCUACCCGGCAGGAUGUGUUGUGGUGUUACUGAACCCCUCCAAAAACAGUCAACAGCAUCUCAUCAAUUCAUCCAGGAAAACGAUUACAGCGUUGUCUUUCUCUUCAGAUGGUAAAUAUAUGGUGACAGGAGAGAGCGGUCAUCUGCCUGCUGUGCGUGUUUGGGACGUGGAGUGCGGGACACAGGUGGCCGAGUUACAGGAGCACAAAUGCGCUGUGUCCUGUGUGACGUUUUCCCCUAACAGUAAAUACAUUGUGACCGUGGGCUCCCAGCAUGACAUGAGCGUCAACCUGUGGGUCUGGAAGAGAAAUGCACUGGUGGCCACUAACAAGGUGUCCAGUAAAGUGACGGCAGUGGCCUUCUCUGAUGACAGCUCUUAUUUUGUCACGGCUGGAAACCGACACGUUCGAUUCUGGUACCUGGAACCUUCUCACUCUAACAAGCUGUCGCCAACCGUCCCUCUGAUGGGCCGCUCGGGUCUCCUCGGUGAACUUCAGAACAACUUCUUCUGUGAUGUGGCAUGUGGCCGCGGGCUGAAGUCAGACAGCACGUUCUGCGUCACCUCAUCAGGUCUGCUGUGUGAGUUUAAUGACAGGAGAGUUCUGGAGAAAUGGGUUCAUCUGCAGACCAGCUCAGCGGCGUCUCUGUCUGUGACGGGGGAUCUGAUCUUCUGCGCGUGUGCAAACGGAACCGUGCGAGUCUUCAGUUCAUCUGAUCUGAGCUUCAUCUGUACUCUGCCACGUCCACAUCACCUGGGUGUCGACAUCGCAUCUGUUACUCAGACAAGGAAUCCUGAUGUUCAGAAUCCAGACUCUGUGGCUGUGAAGUAUGACCCUGUGAACGGCUGGCUGUCGUGUGUUUAUAAUGAUCACAGCGUGUACGUCUGGGACACGAGAGAUCUGCAGAGAGUUCUCAAAGUUUAUUCUGCUCUCUAUCAUUCUGACAGCAUCUGGGAUCUGCAGAUGUUUCCUAAAGACACACAGGACUCCAAAUCUCUGCCUGGUUCCUCUGGAUUGUUCUUCAGCUGUUCGUCAGACAGCACUGUGCGGUUGUGGAUGUUGAACAUCAGCAGUGGGAAACAGAAGAGAUCUUAUAAAGGAUCUGAGAGAGAUGAAGGCCAUGUGCUCAAGAUUGAGAUGGAUCCGUCUGGUGUGUAUGUGGCCGUCAGCUGUUCUAAUAAGACCAUCAGUCUCUUUGACUUCAGGACAGGAGAGUGUUUAGCAACUGUGUUCGGUCAUUCAGAAAUCAUCAGCAGUCUGAUGUUCACAGACGACUGUAAAUAUCUGAUCUCAGCCUCAGGUGACAGUUGUAUGUUUGUGUGGCAACUGGCUCCUGAACUGACCAUGAACAUGAGAGAAUGUCUGUGUCAGCCCAAACGCCAUCAGACUGUUCAAAACACUUCCUUCAGACGCUCGUCUGGUCUUACGUUAAACGUCACAAGCUGCUACCCUAAGAGUGAAAGAGAUGAAGACGAUGAAAAACAUGAGAGCCAUCAGAAGAGCUGUCAGCAUCAGUCUGAGAGAAGUGAUGAAGAGCCACGUGCUUCUGUGGAACGGAACACAGUGAAGGAUUCUGAAGUUCCCCCUCAGCCGAGGAGACGCUGGUCCAGUGGGGUGGGCUCUCUGGAGCUGAUGGUGAAGUCUAUGUUGGAGCUUCGACAGAUGGAUUCUCUUUCUAAAGGCCGAGCUCUGAACAGAGACUUUACUGGGGCACUCCAGCAGCGGAGCAGCACCUCCAGUCUAAAGGAUCGGAGUAAGAAGCGGCGAGUGCGACCUCAUUCGGCCUGGCUCGCCCCGGCCUCUACACCAGAACCUGAGGGUGUUGUGCUGUAUUCAGAGGAGUGGCCCAACAGAAUCAGUUCACCUUCACAACAGCUUCACACUCCUGCUGAUGUGUGUCACAGUCCGUCCAGUGGAUUCUCUGUGGGAUACUGCAGCGCUGAAUUCAGUCCAGAUCAACACCAGCACAAUUCAGAUGAAACCGAGCUCCUCAGCUAUGAUGACGACCACACUGACAGACAGCAGAUCUCUCAGGACGUCUUGAGGAAACAUCAGAUGGUGUCAGGCCGCAGUGAAGCAGGGAUUCAGAACAGACCUGAAGGGGCCUCGACACGUUUCCACGCACAAAGGUCCAGUCACAGGACCAGGACCAGCGCCGGCACCGCCAGACCCCUGACUGACAAAAAACAUUCUGGAAACAGUGUGCAAGACGUCAGAGAGCCAGUGAUGUGGUCAUCGCCACAGAGAAAUCAUCCUUACCUGAGCCGAGUGAUCAAACCUCCUGCGGCACUCCAGAAAUCUGCUUCAGUUCACAAUCUAAGCACAGAUGCACAAAGGUCACUAACACCAACCCGUGUGCGAAGAGAAGUGCAUGAAGUGCUGAAGACUGACUCCAGAGCCCACCCUCAUCACCUGACCUGCCUUCAGUCUUGGGAAAGUCCAAACCUUAAGAGGAUUUCUAGAGCUCACUCCUACAUGAGCCCCACCACCAGCUCCAUGGCCAAAAUCAGCCACUCCGUGUCUAUAGGUGAUUUGAAGUCCACUUCCUGUGAGAACUUGUGCCCGUCCACGACCGGUCCAUGUGAAGGAAGGCCUUCAGUUAAAGCUCGUCUGUGUCAGAGGAUGAGCAGUCCGUUUGCUGAGUGGCCCAGCAGAAGCGGCUCAACUCAUUUCCACAAAGACUCUUCUGGUAAGGACACAAGCACUGAUCUGGAGUCAGUGAGGACUGCCGGUGAUCCUGAAGCCCUGACAAACCACCGCCACAUGUUUUCAGACGCACCUCAGCGUGAGUGCCCUCGAAUGGCUGUCAAAGCCUUCUCUGUACAGUCUGACGCUCCUGCGGUUCAAGAAGUGUCCGUGAGUUUGGAGGAGUGCAGACGGGCUGCAGCUGAACUGCGCACAAGUGUACACAGAAGCACACAACUCUACAGAACGCUGUUGUCAAGCUCUGCUGAGGGGUGUGUUCAGCAGCAGAAGGUCUUGUGGGACGCUCUGCUGUCUGUGGGUUCAGAACUGGAUUCAGUUCGUGCUUCUGGAGCCGGGAUGAUGGAGGAGGGAAAGAUGACGCUGACGUUACUGGAACAAUAUUCAGAACUCCUGCUGCAGUCUGUGGAGAAGAGACUGCAGCACAACAUGUAGAUGCGUGUCAUGUUAUCCAUGUUUCGUCUGUUUUUAGAGGCAAUAAUCAGAAUGAGAGAUUUUACAUCAAGUUUUAUUUUGCACAUUUCUGAAUUCAUUUAUUUCUGAAACAUUUGAUGUCAUUGACUUGAUUCAUGAAUAUUACUGACAAAUGAAUUGCUGUUGAUUUCUGUUGUGUUUGUUUUAUUGUCAGCUGACUUGUUUGUGUCGUGUCAUGAUUUAUGCUUAUCAUUUUGAUGUCUAAAGAACCUGGACACCUUGGUCACUCAUUUCUGUUAUAUAUUUUAUCUAUGGACAUCUUAUUUAUUUGUCUGUUUUUAUUUAUAUUUCAAGGUGAUUGUGUUGUGUGUCAGAAGUUUUCUUACAGAUUUCUUGCACAAUAAACUGAAAUGCGACAAGAUUGUGAAGU